AUGAAUAAAGAUUCAGCUGAAAAAGUUAUUGUUGUUAGUUCACCUCAACAACCAAUUUUAACUGAACAAAAUGUUUUAAAAUUAAUGGCUAAUAAAUGUAAAGAAUUUCCAUCACAAAAUAUUCUUAAAUCAAAUCCAUCGUCUGGAUAUGCUCUAUCUGAACCAACAUCGACUAAUGAUGAAGAAGAUGAUGAUGAAUCAGAAAAUGAAACACAUUUAAUUUCACGAGAACAACAUCGUGAACGAUUUCAACGUGGAACAUCUGCUAAUCAAGAAGAAUCUGAUGAUGAUGAAACAAUGACAAAUAUGAAUCCAAAUAUAAGUCAGAUGUAUAAACCAGAAGAUUUAUCAAUACCAACAAAACGUCCAACAUCAGGCUCAGGUUUUAUAAUAAAUAAUUCUAAAACACUUGUUUUACCAGAUGAUUAA